GAUUGCCAGCGCUUCAAUUGGGUGUCUAUUGACAACCUGGUCGGUUGCUGUGUGCUCUCAUUCCAUAGGUAUUUACGGUGCCUGUUGUGUUGACUCAAUUGUGUGCCCUAUCCUUUCCACGACUGCCGGUUGCUUGCUUCGAUCGGUCUUGACAAUAUUCGCCUGUCUUUAUUCGAAAACGACUCUUUAUCCUUACUGGAACUCACAAUCUUUUGUGCAGCACCUCACUCUCGUUCAGUAAUCGCUUUCACCGUUUACCCCUCUCCUCGUGUCACGUACACCGACCCUAAUUUCGACAUCGUUACCGCAAUCAAAAAGAGCCACAUACUACCUCAUUACGAUGAAUGUAAACAAGAAGCUAGAUCGCUUCAAGCAAUGGGCUGGCGAACGAAUGGGAGGAGAAGUCAAGACCAAUGUCUCUGACGACUUCAAAGCCUUGGAGACAGAGAUGAACCUACGACACGAUGGCAUGGAGAAAAUGCAUCGGUCAAUGACUGCAUAUGUCAAGGCGAUCUCUAAGCGCAAGGAGGGAGACGAUAAGGAAAAGACACUGCCUAUCGCUCACCUAGGAAGUGUCAUGAUUCAACACGGCGAGGAUUUCGAUUCUCAGUCUGAGUUUGGUCGAUCUUUGACCUUGACUGGAAAGGCCCACGAAAGACUCGCGCGUAUUCAGGAAAGCUACUCUGUCCAAGCCAGCACGAGCUGGCUCGAGGCUCUUGAACGAAGUCUGGCUUCUUUAAAGGAAUAUCAGAAUGCUCGUAAGAAAUUAGAAAGCCGGCGCCUGGCCUACGACGCCUCCCUGGCAAAAAUGCAAAAAGCCAAGAAAGAGGAUUUCCGUGUGGAGGAGGAACUUCGCUCGCAGAAAGCCAAAUAUGAGGAGACGAAUGACGAUGUCUAUCGCAGAAUGAUGGAUAUCCAAGAUGCAGAAGGUGAAAACUUGGCGGAUUUGACAGCUUUUAUUGAUGCGGAGCUCAACUACCACGAGCGUUCCCGUGAAGUAUUGCUUCAGUUGAGGAACGAAUUACCAACAGCAAAUCCUCCGGCAUCACAUGCAAAUAGCCAUCGCCCUAGUCGAGCUCGCUCAAAUACGGCCCAUUCGUACCAAGAGAGGUAUGAGCCAGUCGUGGAAGUAGCUCCACCGUCGCCUCCGCGUCCAACAAUCAGAUCGAGGCGAUCUUCCACAUUCUAUCCGCAGAAUGACGAGACGCCGCAAGCACGACCGGAGUAUUCACGCCCGGCGUUCAACCGCGUCUCAACUUACGAUGGUUCGACACACGAGUCGCCGUCUACUUAUACCCCCAACCGCGUUCAUAAUGAUCUUUCGAUCCGAAGCGCCAGAACGAAUCUGAGACCGGUCAGCAAAAUUCAUGAAGAUUACCAGGACAGCUCGUCGUAUGGAAAUGUUAGCCCGUAUGAUGACAGAUCGGAGUCGUCUGCUACCUCACAAGGCGGCUACUUUUCGCGCACGCCUAGCUCAUCCGCCUUGAAUUCUGUUUCGCCUGCUACGAAGAAAGGACCACCACCACCUCCUCCAUCCCGAGCGACUAAACCUAAGCCUCCGCCUCCUCCCCCACCAGUAAAGCGCAAUCUGAUCGGAGCAUAAUGACGCAUACGAAAUGGUUUGAGCAACAAGUAGUGGGCUUUGCAUUGGUUAUUCUAUUGUAUUUGUAUUUGUAUUUUUGAGGUUUUAGGGAUCCGCGGCUGGUACCAUGAUUGGAUUCUUUAUGAUUUGUUCUGUUCUGUUAUGCCUCAGCAACGAUGGCGAUUGAUACACGAUAACGUUCUUUGCGUAGUGUCAUUCUGAGGGUCUGGAGUAUAAAAGUUAGUUGUGUUGACAUUCAAUUGACCAAUGAAUCGGU